AUGUCCUACGUAGCAGGUGGCAUUUGGCAGCAGCAUCUGGCAGCCUUGUCAGCCCAUGCAGAGGCCAUCCGCGAUAAGGUGCGCGGAGUGGGGAGAUCGGUGCGCGGGCUUGGGGGGCGGAAGGCGCAGGGGGGAAGAAUGGUGAGCGGAGAGGAGCGGGGAGGAAACAUGGAGAAGCAAAGUGGGGGGGAGGAAGAGAGGGAGGAUCAGGGUCAGGAGAAAAAGGAGGACAAGGGUAGUGAGAAGGAGAAGGAGGCGGAAGAGGAGGAAGGGGAGGGGGAGGGGGGAAUGAGGGACGAGGAGGAGGAGAAGACGAUCGAUCUGGUAGACGAGACAUCGGAGGAAGAGGAUGAAGAAAACUCGAAAGGGGACUCUCCAGGAGAAGCAAUGGAGGAGAUGGAGCAAGCGGUGGGAGAAGGGCGAGCGGAGGAGGCAGAGGCAGUAGGAGUAGGGCUGGGGAGAGAGGAGGGGUAUGCGGCAGAGAGGGAGGGAGCAGCAGAGUGGGAGGGGGCGGCAGAGUGGGAAGGAGUGGCAGAGAGGGGAGGAGGUGCAGAGAAUUGUGAAAAUGAGGUCGAAGAUGCAGAGGAGGACGCAGUGGAGGAGGGAGUGGGAGAUAACUAUGAGUUGGUUGAGCCCCUCGUUGCUGAAAACGGAAGGGGGCAGGACAAGGGGGCAGGGUUAGGGAACGAAGCCAGGGAUAUCAUGCAAAGGGGAGGGGAAGGCGUGGUGGGGAGGGCAGGUGGGGAGCAGAGUGGUGCAGGAGAGGCAGAUGGGCCGGUGGGGAACGACCUGGUAGCGUCUGUGGAGCGAUGGGCGCAACGGGCGGGGCUGCGCGGAGCAGCAGCAGCUGCAGCAGCAACAGCAGCAGCAGCACCAGGGCAGCCGUCACCAAGCAAGGGAUCUUCACGUGGAGAGGUGCAGAGUGCACUGGUGGAGGGGAAACCCACCAAUGGUGAAGAGGCAUUCAAGGCGCGGCUGCAGGAGGAAAUCGAUGCCUUGCUGCGGCAAAUCCCUCCCGAUAAGCAGCAGAUUUCAAAACUUCUGAUCAACGUAACGGUCAGCUUUCUCUCUUCUCUGCCAUCCAAGACACAGCAGAUCACCCCUACAUUGCAACGGACCACCCCUGAAAUGCAGCGGCUCAUCCCAGCAGCACCGCACAUCACCCCUGAAUUACAGGAAAUCACCCUGUCCCACCGAAAUUUCCACUACUUCCUCUCACUCGCUCCCGCCUGCCAUCCAACCCUCCUUCCCUCCCUCACCUCCCUCACGCUCGACCAAUGCUCCGCAAACCUAAAAUCCCUGCACGUGAGCAGGGUGACUGACUCUGUUCUGCAGCAGGUGGGGGCGCUCACGAGCCUUGAGGUCCUCUCCUGCACGUUCUGUGAGGGGGUGAGCUCUAUGGGCUGGAUUUUGCUGGACCGGCUGAAACGUCUGAGAUGGCUCCGAGUGGCACCAGCGGACCUGGACGGUCAUGGUCUGAGGAUGGAGUAUCCCAAGGGAAGGUUGCCGGUGGUCUCGCGAGUGUAUGCAAGGCCACAGAAGAAGCAGGGGGGCGUACUUUGGGAGAGUGGUCAAGAGGGUGGUCAAGAGGGUGUUCAAGAGGGUGCACACUUGAAACACAAGGGAUUGUCAGGCCCAGUGGACGAUAGUGGGGUUUGGUGUCUGGUACGGGGGCUGCAACAUCUGGAGCACCUGGAGCUGCAUGCACCACCGCGCUACAGGAACGCGUUCAUCUCACUCGAAAAGUCGUACCUUCUCACCACUCUCCACAUCACAGGAGCUGUUCUUGACAAUGACGCCUUGACUUGGUUGACUCACGUGACUUGGUUGACCCACCUCAGCCUGGCUGGCUGCACGUUCCCAACCGAGAGCGAGGUCCAUCAAAGCUGGAGGCCCCCCGUCAGUGUGGUGAAGAGAAUAGCCGGCUCCAUGCCGAAGCUCGAGUCCCUGGACCUGUCGGGAACGGCAGUCACCAAAGAAGAGAUUUUUGAGCUGCAGUAUUUGAAGCACUUGGAGCGCUUGACUCUGAGGCAGUGCUGCAAUCUGGGCCAGUCGUUUGUGCGCUUCCUCAGGCACUGGCGGAGGUACAAGCACAAGUCAAGGAAGGAGCUUCCGGUGCUCAGCUCUUAUUCACGGUCUACUUCUGCAGACACUCUCUCGGCUUCUCAUCAUCACACCAUGGCUCUUCCUGAAGGGACUCCUGCUGUGAACGCUCCGGGUGCUGGCCUCUAUGGGAAGAAGCCUACGAAAGUACGCCCUGAGCCGGUCGCUCCGAAGACGAUGUUCAAUGGCGCGACGGCUCCCCGAGGAGAGGAAGAGAUUAAGGUGCUCACGGCUCGCACGUCAGCGCUACGCAUCAAUGAUCUGCCAGAAGGAAGCGAUGCAAAUGUCACUUUCAAUGACAAGGCAGCAAGUGGUGCAGCAUCGGAUCCUAAUGUGCUGGACAAGGGAAAGACAAAGGUUCAAGAUGCGGAGGAAGACUGCGGUUACCUCAGUGACGAUCCUGAUGAAUGCCAGGAUCCGGCGACGCUCAACGAGAUUGCUGCGCAAGCGGGGGUCGCUAUCACGCUGCUGGUCCCUUUCGCCUGGAACAAGGAGAUCCCGCGUGGUAUCUGCACCGUCAAGCAUCUGCUGUUGCUGUGGGGCAAGCAUAUGUCGGAGAACGUCAAAGCAACAACGAGGUGUCAGCAACUCACGGCGACUUUCCUCUCCAAGCAGCAUUUUGGGCGCGUAGAAGUGGUUUUCCUGCAAGAGGCCGACGCGGUGUUCAUGCGAAGCAGGGAGAUCGAGCACUACACGGUGAACGACAAGAAGCUUACGCUCGGCUGGUAG